GAAAGACAAAGAAAAGCGAAGAGAAGAAGAAGGCUAGUUGACGAUUACCAGUUGAUAUACAAACAUAAACUUAUUGCGCGCGGUAAAUUUCACUUGAUCACUUUGUGAAAAUAUGAUUUCGCUACGAUAAUGAAUCAAUGGUAACGAUUCUGUUUCGAUAAAAUAAUGAUUCCGUAUCUUUCACAUUAAACGAAGAUCUUAACAUUUUUGCGCCAAAAGCUGACAGCUUACCGGUCGAGCAUAAGCUGAAUAAUGGCUCGAAGACGCAGCUUGAAUCGGCGAUCAUCCCGAAGAUCGUUGAAUGUUACCGAACUCAAUCAAAAUUCGGAACUCCUCGAUACCCGUGAUCCUCUAUGGUGGAAGCACCUUGAAGGAGAUAUAACAGUACAGCAGUCCCGUUUUUCGUCCAAUGGGGAAAUGACAGGACCGGUAUUGAAUGACAGUUCAAUUGUGAAUACAUCAGAGCUAAAGAGCGAUUGGUGGAAGUUAUUAGAUAAAUCAUCAACAGUAUCUCUGCGUAGAGGUUCAACUAGAAAAAGUGUUCAGGUUACAGAACCUCCUUCAGAGUCAUUUAAUUCGGACAGCAGUGAUCACAAUAUAAUAAGAAAGCGAAGAGUAGCGUUGGGAGCUCGCGACAAAAAAGUUGGUGGGACUGAAAAUUUUAUGGCAGUUUUAAAAGAUGCAAACUCAUCGGAUAAUGAACGUGAGGAAAGGACUAACAGAAGCAGAGAUACACUGUUAAGUGCUGAUCAAUUUAAUCCUCAAAAUCAAAAGAAAAAUGUGGAAGACAGAGAGGCAGAAACAAGCUCAGAUACGAGCAGCAACACCAACGUUGUCCUCAAAACGAGGCCAAAACCUUUCAAGGAACGUUUCACGAGAAUAUCUGAUGGUACUUCUGGUAACACAGAAUCUCCUCAACCUUCCGAAUCACCAUCGUUGCCACAUUCUUCCAAGCAACAAUCCAUUGUUAAGUCUUCACCGCUGAGAAAAUCUCCAGCAAAGAACUCUAAUGUCAGAGACUCGCAACUCAUGGGACCUCCUCAAAUUACUACACUUCAAAAAAGACUUUCUUCAAUCUCACGCAAGCUCGAUAUUUCGUCCGAAGAGAGUGAAAGUGAUGGAGGAUCGAAAAAGAAACGAUUUAGCUUGGGGAAGAAAUCACAGAAGGGUAAAUCCAUUAAUCCAUUCGAUGAAGUGAUCGAAGAACAUCUUAAAUCUCAAGAAACUGAACAGGAAGAGCUCGAAGCAGGGAACAGAGAAUCUUCGCAGCAACAUUCGAGGAACUCUGAGAACGGAAGCUUAGCAUCAGCGAAUCGCUCAAGAAUUUCGGGACUCGGAAAGAAUUCCACAAAUCAAUCCAAAGCCGAAAGUUUUGGGGGAGAACACUCACAAAGUCAGUGGAUCGACGAUGCCAGCGACGAUGAUGAUGAAGCAAUGGCUGGUAACAACGAAGGAAAAGGAGAGAAUUUGGGAAUUUCGUCACGAUCUAUCCGGUUGUCGAAACGUAUGGUUCACGAAUCGGCUUACGAACUUCCACCAGCAGAGCGGAGCAAAACACCGUUAAUCUCCGACUCGGAAGAAGGAGAAAAUUCACUUUCUCCAGAGAUUAAAUCAGGAAGAACCUCGAGAAUGUCUUUACGAAGUAAUCGUUCCGCAACCCAAAAUUCGGAGUCUUCGGUCAGACCUCCGAAUUCAUCCAUGAGUAAAACCAAUACGGUUCAGAAAAAUCGUGGGAAUAAUUCUCGUACGCGGAUCUUUUCCGACGAGGAUAUUAGCGUCGAAGACAUUUCAUACAAUGGAAGGAACGACAAUUUGAUACAACAGGCUGAUCGUCAGAGUCCCAAAGCCAAAACAAGCGUUGGAGCCGACAAAUCUCGAAGAAUUAUUCAACCCGAUGGAAAUACCGUCGAAAAUGAAGCCCGAGAAGAAUCGAUUUCGAAGUCGAUCCACCUGCAGCCCGAAGCUCUUCGCAAAUCAACGGCAAGGCCCUCUCGCUCGAUCACAAAAACCAUCUUCAUCAAUAAGAAUCAACGUCAAGCAACAUAUGACACAAGUCCCAUGGGAUCCGAACCGGGCAUCGCCGAUCAAUCGAUUUCCUCGAAUUUACGCAAUUUGGAAAAAAGUGCCGGCAACCGAUCCAGCACAAGCAAUUUAUAUAAUAAUAUUAUUGUACCGGAAGAGAUUGAGGAUGAAAAAACAGCUGAAGUUUUUGAAAAGUCCGCGAAUUCACGUUUACAAGCGGAAGAAAAUGCUCGCAAAUUGCGAAAAAGUGUCUCAAGAAAAUCUCAAAAAAGCACUGAAAAAGAAAGAUUCUCCGAAUCAAAAGACGAAGAACUAGCAACCAAUCCUCAAGCAGAAGAAGCUCUACGUUUGGCUGACAAAUCCACAAAUCCCAGAAGGACAGUCACGAGCAAGUACCAAGAAAACUUCGAAUCUCAGAAGGAAGCGAACCACGAACCGGAAGUCGGUGACAAAUCGAUUUCUUCGAAUUCACGACCAGCGGAAAAUCUGCGCAGAUCCCGGAGAACUGUCAGCAUUACACCUCGCAAAAAGAACCAAAACGAAGGGUCUUUUGGACGGGAAGAAAAUGAAGUCAACGAGAAAGUUUCCCAGCGAAUAGGAAAUUCAGGUUUGCUCGAAAAAUCCGCUAAUUCUCGGCUAAAAGUUACCCAUUUAGAUUCUUCACCUUCUCAAUCGAAAAGAAAUUCACGCACAGUAGCUAUAAACUAUUCAUUUAAUCGAUCGCAAACUGUAGGAUCCCUCGAGAGCGCGCAUGAGGAGGAGCCGCAAAUUCCAGACAAAACGGAUCCAAGGUCGUCGAGUUUGCAGUUGAGAAGAAAAACUCGUGAUUCUAGGAAGAGUUUUGCCUCGAGAAAGCGCAGUACUUCAGACGAGAAUAGCAGCAUCGACGAAACUGGAAAGGAAAUUCACCAAGAAUCCGGUGUCAGACGAAAAUCCGUGACGUUUGCAAAAAACCAAUCGCGAAACAAAUCAAAAACUACCAACUCUGAAGCUAGCACGGAAGACAAUAUUGACGAAAAUCGUGAGAAUUCGAGAAGUUUUCAGCCUAGAAAAAAAUUGCGUAAUACCAGAGAACAUUCCGGGAUCAACAAAUCUCGAAAUCUAAUAUUAUCGAACGAAAAUGACAGUGAAGCCGAAACAGAAAUUGCUCGAGAAGCAACACCUGUCGCGCAAUAUUCUCCUCCGGUUGAUCAAUUUCAAGAAAAUUCUCAAUCCGAUGAUAAUGCGAACGAGAACGAAGAAGAAAAGUCGAGGAAGUCGGAAUCGAAUUCCGAAAAAUCUCGAGCAUCCAAAAAGAGUUUGCCGCUCGCCGGUUCUCGGAAAAGUAUUCAAACGUUGGCGAAAAUAGUUGAAAGCGAGACAGAGCGCUCGAACGAAUUGGCUGCAACUUCGAAAUCAGCGAGCUUUGCUCAAGCAAGUACGAGUCAACAGAAUGUCGAUCCUGACGAAAUCGCGGACAAGAAUAACGAGGACUGCGAGAAUGAUCGUGGUCCCUCGGCCGGAAAGAAACUAUCGAACAACGCGAGAACAUCAGAUGUUCCCGUAACUCCCAAACCGAUAAGCAGCCGCGAGUCUCUGUUCAUGAGAAAGCAACAUGCGAGUAAUUCCACGCCACUGCACGCUCAGAAAAGCAUAACGGAAUUUUUCAAAUCGAAAUUCCUACAAACAUCCAAAAGUUUGACCCCGAGAGAAGUGUCCUCGAGUUUUAAUACAGAAACGUUCAAAAAGGCGAGGGAAGAAUUGGAGAAGAUGAAGAAACGUGAACUUGAAAAAAUGAAGCUCGAAGCCGAAGCGAAAAAAAAGAAGGAAGAUGAUUUAAAGAAGCGUAUGGCCGAUGCAGCGAAACUGAAGAAAAAGGUCGGAGCGUCAGCAAAAACUGUAAAAACCGUCGACAAAGCUUUCCUCGUGAAUGGCGUUGUUUACAAACCGCCGAGAUUACCCAGACCGAAACCCUGGGCCACUGACCGCCUUUAUCAUCAUCUGUGGAAGCUCAUGGAGCCUAAAUAUCGUAUUUCGACACGAAUAAAGUCCGAAGAAUUCAUAAAAGAUCUCGCCAAAGCUGUGGCCUUUAUAACGAAACGUGCCAAGUACGAGAAUUACAAACGCGAACUUAAGGCACUUAUGAUAAAAAUGGCACGUUUGGGCAUCAUCAAAACACGUAACGAUUUUUACGAUUUUUGUUAUGACUUCAUGCCCUACGAGUUUCGAGUCAAGGUCACUCCGAUCAUGAUGCCUGGAAAUAUUCUCACCAUUCCUUACAAUCCUGAGCAAUUGCGUACACCGUUGAUUCAACAAUCUGGCGAAUCUUCCGAGGAGUCGAUCAAUUGAAGAUUUUCAUUAUUGAAAUAAUCAUUUGAUUUUUGUUAUUUAUUCGGCAGGAUUAUACCGCCGAUACGGUCAUCCUCCAUUAUUUUCGAGUGAUGAACGCUCAUUUCGAUGAAUUGAUGUCGUUGGAACUCAAUCGUCGAUUCAUGAACUAUUUGAACUUUCGUUUGCUCUUCUCAGUCAUUUGAUACUAAAAACUACCUCAAUGAAUCCGCAUUUUUCGGUAAUUUGUUGAAAAAAGCUAUGUUCACGUAAGUGUUAAAUACUUUUUUUAUGUUCAACAAAUCAAUUUCGAAUCAACGUAUGUAGUCGAAAGUCUUGAUGAAUUUUUGUUAGUCAGGAUGAAAAUAAAUAUUUUUCAGACUCGCAUUCCUCGUCGCAGGUUCGAUCACAGUGAUUUUUUUCAUAAGCAUUUUGUUGUGCAACGUGAAGCAAAAAUCCGAGUUUCUGUGGUUUUUUUCAUACUCGUAAAACACGGAAAAUAAUGAAUUUAUUCAUCAUUGAUGAACGUUUGAAAGAAUAUGAAUCGUUGUGUCAAUGGUAGAGAAUUGAAAUUGUAAAAAAUGGCGUAAACGCAACAAAUUAUUAUUUUUGUAAAUCGAAACUUUUUUUCUCCUCUCGUUCGUCUGAAACUUGACCGUGUCGACGAAUGAAAAAAUGGCCGACGAAAAUGAAGUCGGUGGUGCUUUAUGUGCACGAACAGCCAGACAACAAUGGCUCUCUUAUCAACUGUGAAAAUUUAUGUAUUAGGAUACGUUUUCAUAAUCAGACGACUUGAUGUGAAAUAAAGAUAAUAUAUGCCGAGUACAAAUUAACGAAAAAAAUAAAGAAAUUUAUAUUUUGCAAUCAGUGUGUUGGCUUUUUUUAUUCAAUCUUGGUUUUUAUCGUUUUACAAUCUUUCAUUUUUCGAUGACGCACAGUUCCGUGAUUUUCUAAAUUUACAGCGCACCGCUACGAGAUUUAUUGAGUGCAAAAACAAUACUUUUUAUCAUGGUAGAUUAGAAAAUCCGUCAGAUUGAAAGCGACUAACGAAGCGCUCGUUCGUUCCAACAUUUUGUAUUAUUUAUACGAUUCUUCUGCUUGGAAUAACGGAAUCAUUCGUUGAAUGUAAAAAAAUUAAGAAACGAUCGAACGCUCCUGAGCACACUCGAAUAAAACGGUCGGCGAUGAAUUUGUUAUUGUUCGAAAAAUGAAAAUAAUGCGUGAAUUUCCGUGAACGAGUAUCUCAAUAAACUGCAUUAUUUUUAGUAUGUAUGCUAAGGGAAUGAUGCGCGAAAUUCAAGAAUAGAUCCAAUAAAAGAAUUUCAUGAUUUA